UUAGAGCCCAGGUGGAAAGGACCACUCCAAGUACUCCUGACCACACCCACCGCCCUGAAGGUAGAAGGCAUUGCGUCGUGGAUCCACUACACCCACGUCAAGCCAGUGGACCCAACCUCCGACCUUCUGGGGCCAAUCACGGCGGCGGCUGAAGCACCGGACACGUGGACUGUGGACAGAGCUAAGAACAACCCCUUAAAACUCACCCUGCGCCGGCAGCAUAGCUCACUGCAAACAUGCAGAAUCUCCCUCACCGCAUCCUUCAUGGCGGCCGGACUGGCUGGGGGAGCCCUAGGUCACACCCUCAUAGAAAGUAACAAGCUGUACCAACAAUUUGCCGUUGCUAUGGAGGAGUCAGCUGAGUCCCUUGCCUCCCUCCAGCGGCAGCUGACGUCCCUAGCACAGGUAACCUUGCAGAACCGGAGGGCCUUAGACCUACUCACUGCUGAAAAAGGGGGAACGUGUAUGUUUCUAAAGGAAGACUGUUGUUUCUACAUAAAUGAAUCAGGGCUCAUGGAAGACCGGGUCCAACAGUUACGCAAGUUAAGCACAGAAGUAAGAACACGGCAGUUUGCUUCAGCUGCAGACCAAUGGUGGAACUCAUCUAUGUUUUCUCUGUUAGCCCCCUUCCUUGGACCCCUGCUGAGCCUACUAUUUCUGCUUACCGUAGGACCUUGUGUUGUUAACAGAAUUUUGCGGUUCGUUAAAGAAAGGUUUAACACUGUACAACUCAUGGUCCUCAGAGCCCAAUACCAACCUGUAAACGCUGAAACAGAAACAGACUUAUAA